CCGCCGCCGCCGCCGCUGCCGCCGCCGGAGUCGGCCGCCCGCAUGGCUCAGGCCAAGAUCCACGCCAAGGCCAACGAGGGCCGCUUCUGCCGCUCCUCGUCCAUGGCCGACCGCUCGGGCCGCCUGCUGGAGAGCCUGGACCAGCUGGAGCUCAGGGUCGAGGCUUUGAGGGAAGCAGCAACUGCAGUGGAGCAGGAGAAGGAAGUGCUUCUGGAGAUGAUUCACAGCAUCCAGAACAGCCAGGACAUGAGGCAGAUCAGCGACGGGGAAAGAGAAGAAUUAAAUCUGACAGCAAACCGUUUGAUGGGACGGACCCUCACUGUUGAAGUUUCAGUGGAGACAAUUAGAAGUCCACAGCAGCAAGAGUCCCUCAAGCAUGCCACGAGGAUCAUAGAUGAGGUGGUCAGUAAGUUUCUGGAUGACUUGGGAAGCGCCAGGAGUCAUCUUGUGUCUCUCUACAGCGCAUGUUCAUCUGAGGUGCCCCCUGGGCCUGUGGACCAGAAGUUUCAGUCCAUAGUAAUUGGCUGUGCUCUUGAAGAUCAGAAGAAAAUUAAGAGAAGAUUAGAGACUCUGCUUAGAAAUAUCGAAAAUUCUGAUAAGUCCAUCAAGCUAUUAGAGCAUUCUAAAGGAGCUGGCUCCAAAAUGCUACAGCCAAAUGAAGACAAAUUCAAUUAGUCUUUGAACUUAGAGGCAUUUUGAUAUUGUCAAAAUACUAAAAUACUAUUGCAGGUGACAACUUGUUCUUUAUGUUAGGCAUAACCUCUUAUUUGAUGCCAAUAGUUGUUUCAGAUGAGGGAAGUUAUUUUAACACCAAAUGUUUUGCAAGUAUUAAACCCAGAAGGAUUUUAAUUAUGCAGUUGUUAGAUUGAAUUGCCAUGUACCAGAAUCUAGCAUUACAUGUCACAUGUCUUAAUGUUCACAUAGCAUGUGGCAAAGUAGUACUUGGCCAGGGCAAGAGCACACUGCUCUUGUACAUAGUGCUUGUACUGUCUCUUCUGGACUGUGGCAUAUGGUUGACUGGAAACUCCUUGUCUUGAGCAACACACACAUAGCAAAGAACUCAGGCUUGCAAGAUCAGAGGAAUCACAUAGAACAUUUUCAUGCAUGCUGUCAUUCAACUUUUAUGUGCCUGUGUUAAGUACUAUUUUGAAUGAAAGAUUGGAAAAUUAGUGAUUGUAUUUUUAUAUAAAUGGAAGCAAAUAUGAGAAAAUUACCUUCACUUUCACCAUCAUGAACAAUUAUGUACACUUAAUCUCAAAUGCAUCAUUUCUAAACAUUU